CUUCCUAUUUCUUCCCUCUUUUGUCAUCCGGUUCCUCCGCUUUCCACUUUUGGUAAUCUGCUUCUAUCGAAGACAAAGAAAGCUGUUGCAGAGAUACUUGGAGAGCAAAAGCCAGAUUUUUGGAGUGUUGUCGGUUGAGUGUUCCAUGCGGGUGUUCUUAUUUCAAAUCUGAACUAAAAAAAAAAAUUAGCAUGGUUGAUGCUAUUGAUACUGGCCAAAUGUAUACUUGCUUGGGAUCUAACGAGCAGGUGGAAGAGUUUGGGAAAAAAAGGUCAUAAAAAAAUAUGGAUAUUGAGUGUUCCAAUGUUAUCGGUGGUUUAAAUAGUUCAACUAUUCUUUUUUCAUUGGAAGAACAUUCACCCCCAAGUUCAUUAAAAAUUGAAAACUUUGAUGAUAAAAGCGUUGAAACUGUUGAAUACUACAAUGGUUCACCUGGAUCUGUUCAGUUUGUACGAGUUGAAGAUGAUCCAGAAAUCAUAAAAGGUGCUUGCCACAGCAGGAAAGCCUCAUUUUUUGAGAGUAUUGACUUAGAUCCACUUAUAUGGUUGCCACCUGGACCUGAAGAUAUGGAAAAUGUUAUUGACAGUGUUGCCAAUAUUGAUGACGGUGAUGAUGAUGAUUUCUACAAUGAUGAUACAAGAUUUGGUCAGCCAGUUUCCUUUAAUAAUCUUCAUGAAGAUAAAGGGAAAAGAUACCAUUAUAAAGAGGCACAGCAAAAGGUGAUGAUGGAAGUGUUAAAUGGGCAACUCAAAAAUCUUGUGGGCCGUUGUCUUGCCUCAGAGGGCGUUAGUUUCUCUGACAACGAUGCUGGUAAGAACUGGCUUGACAUUGUGACUUAUUUAUCUUGGGAAGCUGCCUUACUUGUUAAGCCUGAUGAUGGUGAAGGGAAAGCUAUGGACCCCGGUUCUUAUGUAAAGGUGAAAUGUAUUGCAUCAGGUUCUCAAAGUCAAAGUCAAGUGAUAGAUGGCCUAGUUUUCAAGAAGAGCGCUGCACACAAGCACAUGCCAACUAAAUUCAGAAAUGCCAAGCUCCUAAUGCUCAAAGGAUGCCUGGGCAAUUCGGCAAAUGGAUUGUCAUCAUUUGAGUCAAUGGGGAAGGAGAAGGACCAUUUGAAGUCCACCAUUGAGAUGAUCGAGACUUGCCAUCCAAAUGUGGUUUUGGUUGAGAAAACUGUUUCAAGAGAUAUACAAGAGGCUCUUUUUUCAAUGGGAAUAACUCUUAUCUUUGAUAUGAAACUCCCACGUUUGGAGAGAAUUGCUCUUUGUACUGGUUCUCAGAUUGUUUCGCUCAACGAUAUUACAGUCAGACAAAAUCUAAAGCAUUGUAGUUCUUUCUGCAUUGAAAAGUUUGUUGAGGAACACAAUUCAACUGGGGAUGCUGGUAAAAGGCUCGCCAAAACUUUAAUAUUUCUAGAGGGAUGCCCUAGACCUUUAGGCUGUACGAUAUUGCUUAAAGGUGCUAAUACUGAUGAGCUGAAGAAGAUCAAACAUGCCUUGCAUUAUACGGUCUUUGCGGCAUAUCAUUUAAAAAUUGAAACUUCUUUUUUUGCGGAUCAAAAGACAUUUUUCUCUGGCAUGUAUUCGUUGAGGGAGGACAAUGUUAUUUCUGCAGCUGAAAUGGUGAACUCAGUUAAUUAUGAUGAUUCUAUAAAUUCCAAUUGUUUGGGUCAUAAAGAUUCUCUGUCUUGUGCUCCUCCGGAAAAUGUUAUAGAUAUUCCUAUUUUUAAUGGCUCCAUGAUGAAACUCAUCAAUGGGGAUCAGUCUAAUUCUAGUGAAUGUGCUGAAGUAUCAUUGACAUUACUUGAAUCCAGCAUUGGAUCUUUUGGUGAUAAUAUCAUGCAUGGUGACAAUAGUGAUAUCCUUUUGGGGGAAAGCCUCCCACCUCUAAGUUCCGAGUCCAUUUCAUCAUAUGCUAAAGAACCACAGUUGCAGAAUAAGAAUGAUAUUGAGAGUACAUUAGAUCCUACAAGCAUAUUGGUUCUUACAUCUAGGCAAUGCAUACCAAAACAGAUUGCUUGUGAGGAGAGCAGUCUUUCACGUAUCAAGUACUAUGGGAACUUUGAUGUGUCUCUUGGACGAUAUCUACAAGAUAUUUUGCUCAGCCAGAAGUAUACUUGCUCCUGCGGUGAACGUUCAGAAGCACACAUAUAUAGAUUCACCCACCAGAAUGGUAAUCUUACUGCCAUAGUAAGGCUUCUUCCCAAGGGAUUGGUAUUGCCUGGUGAAGCAGAAGGUAAAAUUUGGAUGUGGACUCGGUGCUUAAAGUGUGAUCAUGAUCGGGGAGGUCCAAAUGGUAGUCGGCGUGUUGUGAUGUCUUCUGUAGCCCGUGGACUUUCCUUUGGCAAGUUCUUAGAUCUUAGUUUUGCUAAUCACUCUGCAGCUAACCGAUUAUCCAGAUGUGGGCAUUUGCUGCAUAGGGAUUGCCUUAGAUUUUUUGGAUUGGGAUCUAAAGUUUCAAUGUUUCAAUUUUCUUCAAUAGAAAUUUAUACUGCAUGCAAGCCACAACCGUUCUUAGUGUUUGGUAACCAGAAUGUACAAGAUUGGAUGAUGAAAGAAGUAAAAGAGGUUCUCAACAAGAGUGAGCAUCUUUAUAGAGAGGUUGCUAAUUUACUGCAAAAUUUGAAACCACAUUUAUCAAGCUCGAUACACAAUCAGUCUGUCAAAUUUUUUGGGCUUAUGAAACCAAUUUAUGAAAUAGAAAAUAUGCUUAAACAAGAUAAAACUGCAUUUGAGUCUUCUCUGCAAGAGGCUGUAAAUCACUUUGUGAACCAAGGAAAAAAUGUGAACAAGAUUCUUGAUUUAAAUUGGCUAAUCAAAGAGCUGCUUUUCAUGCUUUAUGUAUGGGAUCGUCGUUUACAUUUACUGUUGCAGCAAGUGGGAGAUUUUUCUAUUGAUGUAAGCAGUGUGGAUCUAUUCCAGAUUCCCAUAAUUGUUGGUGAACCGUCUUUAGAUGAUGGAAACCAACAUUUUGGGAAUCAUGGUAUUUUGAAAAACAAGCUAAAUAUUAAAACAAUUCAGUCUUCUGGAGAGCAUACUCCCAUUUCUUCUAAUCCCCACUCUUUUGUUGAGGGAAAUUUACAUGGAGAGGGUUCUCCUGACUUGAUUUCUGAGGAGUAUUUUGAUAUGGCCACUGAUAAAGAUGUUGUUAGUAGACGAGGCAAUCUCUAUUUAAGUGAUUUUGAAGAAGAAUCUAUUCCUAUAUUGGAACACGUUCUUGAAGAAGAUUCUCAUCCUGUUCCAAUUGUACCCUUGAGUUAUGCUGAAGAAACAAAUGGACCAGUGCAACGAGCCAAGGAAAGGUGCAGCGGUGAUGAAAAUCCUAUUUUGUCUCAGCAAACAUAUAGUUCUAAUGCACAAUAUCCAGAACAAUGGAUAUGGGCUCCCUUUUCUGUACUGCGGAAGGCCUACAGAAAAGAUCUCCAUGGCGGUUUGUUGCACAAAUUCCAGUUUAUUAAUAGCUAUACUCCAGUCCGUUUAUCUGGAGUACACAAGCUCAUUACUUCAGAGUGCUCAUUACACUUUGCAGUAGGCUCAGGUGGCAACGUUUUGUCUCUUGUUGAUGAUGAGAUAUCCAGUAUUAUUGCUUGUGCUUUAGCAUUAUACAAAGACCAAUGUGGCCCGGUGGAUGUCAUAGCUGAAAAGGAAUUAAGAGAAGAGCUGGAUCAAAUAGCGGAUUCUUCAUAUGGGUCUCAUAUUUCUGUGGCUUUAUCGCAGCAUCCUUCUAAUUUAUCUUUGGAGUCUGAAGGUUCACGCUCAUCAUCAGCAGAUGAACUUUCUACUUUAGCUUCUGAUGCUUCAUUAUUUGUAGAUCAGUUGAUUGCUUCAGAUAAUUUACAUCCUGAGGUUACUUUUGGUCCUGAAAAGUUUGCUGGAAAAAGUAAAUACUCAGUGAUUUGUAUAUAUGCAAAAGAAUUUUAUUCUCUUCGAAAGAAGUGUUGCCCAUCAGAGCUGGCUUACAUAUCCUCCCUUGGUCGUUGUAAGAACUGGGAUGCUCAGGGAGGAAAGAGCAAAGUGUUCUUUGCAAAGACGAUGGAUGAUAGAUUUAUCAUAAAGCAAUUAAAAAAGACAGAGCUGGAUUCAUUUUUGAAGUUUGGACCCCAAUAUUUUAAGCAUGUCUCUUUUUCUCUAGACUCAGGGAGCCAAACUUGUCUUGCAAAAAUACUGGGGAUAUAUCAGGUUAGGCAAGUCAGAAAGGGCAAAGAGGUUAAAACUGAUCUAAUGGUUAUGGAAAAUUUACUCUUUCGGAGAAAUAUUCCACGCAAGUAUGAUCUCAAAGGUGCCGUCUUUUCCAGAUACGUUUCUGUGGCCACUGAUCCAGAUAAAGUUCUUUUAGAUGAAAACUUUAUCGAAGACAUGCGCAUGUCUCCAAUAUAUGUUAGCAGGAGAACUAAACAUCUAUUUCAAAGAGCUAUUUGGAAUGAUACUUCUUUCCUCACUUCCAUUAAUGUCAUGGAUUAUUCCUUACUUGUGGGGGUGGAUAGAGAACGCCACGAACUUAUAUUUGGUAUUAUAGAUUAUAUGAGGCAGUACACCUGGGACAAACAGCUUGAGACCUGGGUAAAAUCUUCUCUAGUUGUUCCUAAGAAUGCAUUGCCAACUGUUGUUUCCCCGAAGGAGUACAAGAGAAGAUUUAGAAAGUUUAUGUCUAAAUAUUUCUUGACUGUUCCAGAUACUUGGAGCAGCGUACAGUAUUCAGAACUCGGUAAAUCUUUUCUCACUGGUGACAAAUUUCCUUCUACAUUAGACGAGGAAAAUGUCCAGUGUCAGCCAGUUGAAGGAUGUUCCUGAUAUUGAUGUGAACUCAUUAGCCAAGUGGCUUAAAACUAGCUUUAAGAUGUUUUUUUGGUAUUUUCCAGAUUCAAACAAUUACUGCGUACAGCUUCUGUGUGAUAUCAAUCCAAAUAUUGCAACUUUUAAAGCAAUUUUGGAAUUAAUGUACCUACAUUUAAUUUUUUUGGUGCAUUGUACAAACGCAAAUGUUUAUUUAAAUGCAUUUUAUCUGUUACAUCAUUUGUCACUGUAGUUAUAGGCCUU